AUGGCGCAGAGUCUCGAAUCCAGACCGACAGUGGUGGACUUUCGCGAGGAUAGCCCGUGGGUGAAACUAGCCAAGGCUCACUGGUUAGAUGUGAAGGUCCGCAAGGCCAAACCCGACGUGAUCAAACAGCAAUUGUGGGAUCCACUGGAGGCAGAUGGCUUCAACAGUCGCUCUCUUCUGAUAUUGGAGAAUCUGAAUAUCCUAGAGCAGUUCCUUUGGCCCACCUACAGUGAAGAUGCUUCCAAUCACCAUGUUCUCCUGAUCGCGCUUCUUGUUAGCGUCAAAUAUCGGGAACAUGUGCCCAUCUGGGACAUUUUCUCCGACCGCGGCGAUGAUUUCUCAAGCCUCUUCCAUCGGAUCCUGUCCAUGAGCAUCGACCCAUCCCUGCCGACCCAUUCGCGCAUGUCGAUUAUCUCAUUCAUUAUCGCUGCCUUCCAGUCGCUCGAGAACGUCCUGAUCCGAAAAGAAUGCGCCCCGCUUGUUUCUAUCUCUAUCUGGCACAACUUGGCCAGCGAAGAUGCCAGAGAUCGCGUGAUUGCGAAAUCUCUCGCUUUGAAAAAGGCAUGGAGGGCUGCAGGGAAGCGAUAUGAUGCAGGUGACGAGGCUAGCCAGGCCAAGAGUCGGUUCGAACGGUCUUGGCUGUAUACUAUGCUGCUCGACUUCCUGCAUAAAUUGAACGGCCCAGAGAAGCAACAGACCGAGAAUUUGCUGUACUGUGAGCGUUUUCUAGAGCUCCUUGUCGACCUUUUGAGCCAGCUUCCAACCCGGCGCUACACCAAUACACUUCUCAAAGACCUUAAUCUUCUACCCGUCAUUCGCAUGUCGCAAUUGUACCGCGUCCCAGAGAAUGCUCUUUUCCGCGACUUUUACAAUCUUCUCAAGCACUUCAUCAAUUUCGCCAUCGAUGAUUCCUCGGGUGAUGCUUUGUCCCCCCAGGAGGUCUAUGAUUUGCACUGCAAGGAGCUGGCGCAUUUACAGAGAACCGCUAUGAAGUUCUUCAAGGAAAAACUCAUGAUACUCGCCCUUUCGAACUUGGGAUCAAUUGAUAAGCGGGUUGAGCUUGAAGGGCAACUGUCCUCUUUGGAUGAGCCAGAGCUCCAGAGCCUGUGCUCUCAUUUGGGAUUCCGGACAAACUACCCCAAAUUAUCCAACGUAACUCCAGAUCGGCAGCUUUACUUGGAGAUUCUACUCUCUGCAUAUGAGCGCAAACUGCCCUUCCAAGAAGUUGCAGCUCAGUUGAGCGUAAUUCCCACCGAAGAGAGCCUCUAUGACCCAGCAUUGUUGAGGAACGAAACUUAUGAUGGAUCCAGACCGCUGGCGAUUCCCAAGCUGAACCUUCAAUAUCUGAGUACUGGAGACUUCCUUUGGCGGUCUUUCCUCCUGUAUAGGUCGGAGGCUUUCUUCCAGAUCCGCAAAGACAUGGAAGCUGUUGUCAAGCGCAUGCAACCUCGAGCAAACCGUAACGGAAGCUUGGAUUUUGAGGGAUUUUCCCGAAUGGCAAUCCCUAUCUCCAAGCCUGCUAUCAUCGAAGUGGCACCCGCAAAGGUGGGCUCAAAAAAUCCGGCGUUUGUUCGCGCGGAGAUUGCAAUUGAAGUGGGAAGGUUGGCCGAUAACAUCCGGAAGGAAUGGGAAUCCCUCCGCCCGGAUGACGUUGUCUAUCUGUUGGCUGUUCAGUCCCCAGCACCCACGCAAUUAGGAAUCCGAGACGAGAAUGCCACGGAAGGACCACGCAUGACUCACCUCCGCACAGCGGAGAUUGUGCAAGUUCUUGAUGAACAAGGCCGUCAGCUGCGACAGCCGGUUGGUGGUCAAGCCAAUGGACAUCAAUCUCGCCCGCGGGUGCGCAGGCUUCUCGUUAACUUGGACGCGGCUUCAUUUAAGACUGACAAGGACCUCCAUUCCCAAGGAAAGCCGGAUAUCUAUUCUUUGAUCAAUGUGGUUGCGCGACGAAAGGGCCGAGAGAACAACUUCAAGUCUAUCUUGGAGACAAUGCAAAAGCUGAUCGUGUCGGAUAUGACACUCCCUCCGUGGCUUCAAGACAUUUUCCUCGGAUAUGGUGAUCCUGCAGGUGCCCAGUACACCCGGAUGCCUAACCGUCUCAAAUCUGUUGACUUCCGUGAUACAUUCUUGGACUGGUCCCAUCUGGUAGAGAGCCACCCCGGUAAGAUUAUUGAACCAUCUGGAUCCGAGUCAGCUAGUUUCGGUCCUCCUUAUGUUCUCGAGCCCGUCGAGAGCGAGCCGGUGGAAGCCUCUGCCCCCCUGAAGAAACGCCGGCGUGACCCUGCCGGACAGGUGGAGCAGGGACCUACUACCAUGCGUGUUUCGACAUAUAAGUUGCCAAACCCUGGACCAUACCCUAUCGAUGCGCCUAAACACAAUACCGUCAGGUUCACACCCACUCAAGUGGAAGCGAUUGCCUCCGGUACGCAGCCGGGCCUUACUGUCAUCGUGGGACCUCCUGGUACCGGUAAGACCGAUGUUGCGACCCAAAUUAUCAAUAAUCUCUAUCAUAAUUUCCCCACCGAGCGAACACUCCUGGUUGCACACAGCAAUCAAGCACUUAACCAGCUUUUCCAGAAGAUCAUUGCUCUAGACAUUGACGAGCGUCAUCUCUUGCGACUGGGUCACGGUGAAGAAGAAUUAGAUACCGAUUCGAACUACAGCAAACACGGCAGAGUCGAAUCUUUCCUUGACAACCGCACAAAUUAUCUGUCAGAGGUCAUGCGGCUGGCGGCAUCGAUUAAUGCGGAGGGCGCACACGGGAACUCUUGCGAGACCGCUGGCUACUUCAACAUGGUCUAUAUUCAACCAGCAUGGGCCAAGUUCUGGGAUCGGGUCAACUCGGAAGAAAUUUCUACAGAGGAUGUUGUCGCCUCAUUCCCAUUCCACGUGUACUUCUCGAAUGCACCUCAACCUUUGUUCGAAGCAGAUGCUUCGAAAGAGACAAUACUAGAUGUUGCCUCGGGCUGCCAACGACACAUUGAGCGGAUUUUCACUGAGCUCGAAGAUAUUCGACCCUUUGAGAUCUUGCGGCAUCCUCGAGACAAAGCCAAUUAUCUUUUAUUGAAAGAGGCUCGUGUGGUUGCAAUGACAUCUACACACGCAGCAAUGCGCCGACAGGAGAUUGCGGACUUGGGCUUCCACUAUGACAAUGUCGUUAUGGAAGAAGCAGCACAGAUUACCGAAGUGGAGAGCUUCAUUCCUGCCGCUCUUCAAAACAUGAAGAACGGGGAGCUGCCUUUGAAACGUGUUGUUCUCUGUGGAGACCACUUCCAGAAUUCCCCAAUCAUUCAGAAUAUGGCUUUCCGUCAGUACGCGCACUUUGAGCAGAGUCUUUUCCUCCGCCUGGCCCGCCUAGGUGUUCCCGUUAUUACCUUGGACAAGCAAGGUAGAUGCCGACCGAGUAUUGCCGAACUCUUCCGUUGGCGCUACCAGAAGCUGGGAGAUCUCCCAUCCGUCGAAACUCUGCAGGAGUACAAGCAGGCAAAUGCUGGCUUCCAGUUCGAUUAUCAGUUCAUCAAUGUUCCUGACUACCAGGGCAAUGGGGAACGCGAACCGACUCCCUACUUUAUUCAGAAUCUUGGCGAGGCGGAGUACGCGGUGGCUUUGUAUCAGUACAUGCGACUGCUAGGAUACCCGGCCGCGAAGAUCUCGAUUUUGGCUACGUAUGCUGGACAGACGGCUUUGAUCCGUGAUGUAUUGAACCACCGUUGUGGUAAGAACCCGAUGUUUGGUCUCCCCAAGAUCGUGACAACCGUGGAUCGGUACCAAGGAGAACAGAAUGAUUACGUUAUCCUAUCCCUGACUCGUACCCGCACCGUCGGAUACCUGCGUGAUGUUCGUCGUCUGACCGUGGCCCUGUCACGUGCUCGCUUGGGUCUUUACAUCCUUGGUCGCCGAGAGGUCUUCGAAUCCUGCUACGAGCUCAAGCCUGCAUUUGAUCGUCUCUUGCAACGCCCGGACAAACUGAUGCUUGCGCCGGGUGAGAUGUUCCCAACAACUCGAGCGCUGGACGCUGACGUCGCGGGCACCCCUAUGGAAGGAGUCGAGCAUCUUGGCCAGUACGUGUUUGAGAUGACACAGGCCAAGGUGAAAGCAAUGGGUGAUGGAGAUCUGGUACUUGAUGAUGCCGCCCCUGAUGGUGAGGAUGGUCUUCUAGAUGAAGAUGAGGACAUGAUGGGUGUCGAUGAAGACGAGUAUGAAGAUAUUGUAUGA